AAACUUGGGGAAUCCUGCCAGCAGUGAUCUAAAAGCUGUUGUGUUAAAAGACGAGCCUGCCUUUACUUUCAAUACCAAGUCAGAAGGUGACAAACACCAUCUUGACGCCCUACCCCUUUGUGCUUUGCUCUCCACAGCUCAAAGAACUUUCGCAGCAGCUGGAGAUGGAGUCUGAAAAAUACAGGCAGCUAGAAGCACAGAGUUGUGACCUGCAAGAAGAGCUGUCUGCUCUGCGUGGCUCUCAGGAAAAAAUGGAGAAGACCAAUGGCCAGCUGCAAGAAGAGGUGGCAUACCUCAAAGAUCUUCUGAAGACGUCCAAGACACGGGCAGCCUCCCCAGACAUGCAUGAACUGUCAAGAUCUCCUCCUUGUGCUUCUCCGAGCAAGAAGCCAACGCACAGAAGCAGACAUGCUGACUCUGAAGAGGACGAUGGAGGGAGAAAGACACUGCAAGAGCAUACUUUUCCAGAUGAGUCCAUUGAGGCAAAACUGGAAAGGUACAAGCACUACUGUCGGGAGGAACGAAAGCUCAGAAGACUUCCAGAGAAAAAACCUGCAAAGAGCUCGUCAGAGUCUAGACAAAAACAAGCUAAGCUCCACCCGAAGCACCACUGAAGCCUGCGUGCCUAAGCUGAACAUUAUUACAGACCAGAUGAAGGUGGAGCAGAGGACGUCCCAGUCCAGAAAACAAGGCGGUUCUGUGCAGAUAACAGCCCGCCUUUAAUUCCAAGUUCUGUCGCCCACCUUGGCAUGUAAUAAACCAUGUCAUGUAGUG